AUGUCACAGAAUGAGUUGAUAGACUUGUUAAAAGACUUGCCAAUUCAGUCUUCAUUGUUAUCAAGUAAAGAACCUUCACGUACUGAACAGCUUGUUCGAGGUAUGCCUCCAUCAACGUCACUCUAUCUUACAACUAUUGCAGAUCCAAAACCUAAACAGGUCAUCAACAUAUCAACCCAAACACCGUUUGUCAAGUACUUGCAAGAGAGGAUGGAGAAUCAGGUGGAUACAAUCGAAAUGAUUAAAAAGGACGAUAUCAAGAAGCGAAAACUAGACGAUUCUCAUUAA